GUUCCAGAAGGCGGGGUGGGGGGAAAGGCGGGCGCAGGAAGGAGCCCGAGAGCCAGACGGGAAAAAGCCGAAGGAGAGGCGGAGAAUCGGAGGCGGCGGCGGUGGCGGAACUGAGAUUUCCCCGGCGCCAUGGAGAAGGUGAACGAACUGAAGGAGAAAGGUAACAAGGCCCUCAGCUCCGGCAACACCGCCGAAGCCAUCAAGCACUACUCCGAGGCCAUCAAACUGGACUCCGCCAACCAUGUGCUCUACAGCAACCGCUCUGCUGCCUACGCCAAAAAGGGGGAGUACCACAAGGCCCUCGAAGACGCUUGCAAGACCAUAGAGCUGAAGCCCGAAUGGGGCAAGGGUUACUCUCGAAAAGCAGCUGCCUUGGAAUUCCUGAAUCGUUUUGAGGAAGCGAAGAAGACGUACGCGGAAGGGCUGAAACACGAGCCGGGCAAUGCCCAGUUGAAGGAAGGCCUGCAAAAUAUGGAGUCCAGGCUGACAGAACGGAAUCUCAUGAAUCCUUUCAACAUGCCCAACCUCUACCAGAAGCUGGAGAGUGACCCCCGCACUAGAAACCUCCUCAGUGAUCCGAGUUACAGAGAGCUGAUAGAGCAACUCCGCAACAAACCGUCGGAACUGGGAACGAAACUGAAGGACCCCCGGGUCAUGACGACGCUCGGGGUGCUGCUCGGAGUCGACUUAGCCAGCGCUGAUGAUGACGAUGAAGCCAUGUCUCCCCCGCCUCCUCCGCCCCCCAAGAAAGAGCCCAAGGCAGAACCCAUGGAGGAAGACCUGCCCGAAAACAAGAAGCAGGCCCUGAAGGAGAAGGAAUUGGGGAACGAGGCCUAUAAGAAGAAAGAUUUUGAAAAAGCUUUGGAACAUUACAACAAAGCAAAAAAUUUGGAUCCAACCAACAUGACUUAUAUUACUAAUCAAGCAGCCGUGCAUUUUGAAAAAGGGGAAUACAACCAGUGCCGAGAACUCUGCGAACAAGCCAUCGAGGUGGGGCGUGAGAACAGGGAAGAUUAUCGACAGAUUGCCAAAGCUUACGCCCGAAUUGGGAACUCCUACUUCAAGGAAGAAAAGUACAAGGAAGCCAUUCAGUUUUACAACAAGUCUCUAGCUGAACACCGGACUCCAGAGGUGCUGAAGAAGUGUCAGCAGGCUGAGAAAAUCCUAAAAGAACAAGAACGGGAGGCAUACAUCAAUCCUGAGCUGGCUUUGGAAGAGAAGAACAAAGGCAACGAAUGUUUCCAGAAAGGGGAUUAUCCACAAGCCAUGAAGCACUAUUCGGAAGCUAUCAAACGCAACCCCAGCGAUGCCAAACUCUACAGCAACAGAGCAGCCUGCUACACCAAACUCUUGGAGUUCCAGUUAGCGCUCAAGGACUGCGAGGAAUGCAUCCGUUUAGAACCCGCGUUCAUCAAAGGCUACACGCGCAAAGCGGCGGCAUUGGAAGCCAUGAAAGAUUACACCAAAGCGAUGGACGUCUAUCAGAAAGCGCUGGAGCUGGAUUCGAACUGCAAGGAAGCUGCCGAAGGUUACCAGCGCUGCCUGAUGUCCCAGUACAAUCGCAACGACAACCCCGAGGACGUGAAGCGCCGGGCAAUGGCCGAUCCCGAGGUGCAGCAGAUCAUGAGCGAUCCAGCCAUGCGGCUGAUCCUGGAACAGAUGCAGAAAGAUCCACAGGCACUAAGCGAACACUUGAAAAACCCCGUCAUUGCUCAGAAGAUCCAGAAGCUGAUGGAUGUUGGCCUGAUCGCCAUCCGGUGAUAAUACUGACCAUCCUCCGCAACUUUUCCCCCGGUUGAAAACAAAAGAAAAAUAGGCAGCCUUGAUGGACUUUCUCCAUGAAAUCGAUCCACUCUCGGGGCCAUCUCUCUCUCUCAGCAAAAGGCAGAGACUCACACCUUUGAGACACGUGUCCCGCCUCUUGCCCACAUGCGUGCUCGUAAACCAACCAUCCACCCUAUUUCGGCACCGAAAAAAUAUCGGCCUUUUCGUCCAUCGUCCCGGCCUGUUGCUCUGUCUCUCGGUUAUAGCCCCCUUGUUGUGAGCUGCCAUUUUCUCUCUCCUUUUUUAUUUUUUGGGGGGGGGGUUCCCCUCUUCCACCCCACCCUUGCAGUUUUCAAUUCUCUCGGCCAGCAACUGUGGCCCCGACGAGCCUCGUCACUUUUUUUUUUUUUUCCUGGUUUUUCGUUCGGCUGUGAGGCUGUGGUUAACUUUGGUCUCCUUUGCACAUCCAAUUAAAAAAAAAGGAGCAAAAUUA